AUGAAAUUAAUAAUAAUUGAUAAAGAUAGUUAAAACGAACUAAAAAAAUGGAAAUUAAAGGAAAAUAAAACUUAUAUUAUAGGGAGAUCUGUAUAAGCAGACAUUUAAAUUUAAGAAGAAUCAUUAUCUAGAAAACAUGCAUAAAUAAUAAUUUCUGAAAAUUCUGUUUAGUUAUAAGACUUAAAUUCAUGUAAAAAAUAAAAAAUCUAUUAUAUAUUUUUUAAGAAAAUGGGACAUUUAUAAAUAACAAAAAAUUAAAUCCAAAUGAAAAAAUAAGCCUUAAAAAUGAAACAAUAAUAAAUUUUGGAGAUUGCUAGAAUUAUUUAAUCUUUAAAAAUAAAAAAGAAGCUUAAAAACAUAAAAUAAAUGAAGUUUUAAAAUAAUAAAAAGAUAUACAAAGUGAUAAUUAAGAUAAGAAUGAAAAUUUAAAAGAAAGAUUUAAAUCAAAAGAAAUACCAACAGUUUAAUAAAAAAAGAAGCUUUUAUGGAAUAAAAAAAGUUUUGAAGAUGAUUAAGAAGUUUAAAAAAAAGCCUAAAUUUAUGGAAAAUUAGAUGGUAAUUAACAAGAUAAAAAUAAAUUCUUUAAAUUAUUGGGCAUUAAAAAAGAAGUGA